AUGACUAUUACCACAAAUGCAAAAGUUAAUGUAGUCUUGUCACAAAACUCAGUUCUCUGUGAAACCCACGCCCGUUCUCGCCGAAGUUAUAAAAAGCAAACACACAAGCGGCUCAAUGAUCCUUCAUCAAAGCAUUCUCUUUUUUCAAGCUUUCUGGUUUCAACAAUGGCUGCUUAUUCUUCUUCUUCCCUUCUUUUGCUCCUCAUCUUCUUUGCCUUUUCUUUUGUUGUUUUUGCAUCUGAACUCCAUGAGAGUGAACCCUUUCGCGUCAGGCCUUCAAUCAGACCUUCACAAAAACUGGUGUUGCCUGUUCGCAAAGAUGGUGCAACAAAUCUUCAUGUGGCAACCGUCCUCAAGAGAACCCCACAAGUCCCACUUAAACUUCUGGUUGAUCUAAAUGGGAGGUUCCUUUCUGUGGAAUGCGAUGAAGAGUACCAGUCAUCAACCUACUUUGCCCCUCGCUGUCAUUCCACUCAGUGCUCUAGAGCCCACAGUCACACUUGUUACAGUUGCAGCUCCUCCAGUGUUAGACCUGGGUGCCAUAACAAUACAUGUGCACUCACCACCGUGAACCCUGUGUCUCAAGAAACUGACAUUGGUGAGCUAGCUCAAGACGCGCUCUCAAUUCGAACAAUUAGAGAUAAGUCCGCUAUUGACCCUUCUGCACCUGGUCCAACGGUCACAGUGCCUCAAUUCCUGUUUGUUUGUGCACGUCGUCUCUUAAAUUUGGUACCAAAAUAUGUCCAAGGAGUAGCUGGAUUAGGUCAUACUUCCAUUGCUCUACCAACUCAACUUGCUUCCCACUUUGGGUUCAGGCCCAAUUUUGUCUUAUGCUUGGCUAACUCCCUUAGAAGCCCUGGGUUCGUUGUGUUUGGAGAAGAUCCUUACACUUUGGCUCCUAAUUAUGUUUCCCCCCGCCUGCACUACGCACCAUUGAGCGUUGGGAGACAAGGAGAAUAUUACAUACAAGUGAGAUCAAUCAGAGUAAACAACAAAAAUGUUCCGUUGAAAACUAAUAUUAACAGAGCCAAGAUAAGCACAACAACUCCAUUCACAGUUCUCGAACAUUCCAUUUUCGAAGCUUUCACACAAUCUUUCUCUCAGCAGCUAUCCCAAGCAGGUAGAGCACAACCAGUGGGACCUUUCAGAGUCUGCUUCGACUCGAGAAGAAUCCCAAACACCAUAGCUGGCCCCGGAGUGCCUAGAGUGGAUUUUGUGGUUGGCGACCAAAGUGUUGCAUGGACACUUUUUGGUGCAAACACAAUGGCGGUGGUUCACCCACUUGUGUACUGUUUAGCUUUCAUUGAUGGAGGGACGAACCCUGCAGAUCCAAUUGUGAUUGGGGCUCACCAGUUGGAAGAAAACCUUGUUCAUUUUGAUCUUCACCAAUCGAGGGUGGGCUUUAGCUCUUCUUUGUUGAAUCAAAGGACUAAUUGCAGUGCCACUUCCUACCGCAAUCGCCCAGGAAAUCCAUAAUGGCAGAUGGGAAAGAAACUUCUCCUUUAAAUGCUUAGUGGGAGUUUCUCUAAUAAGUGUAUGAAUAAAAGAAGCCAUCUUUGUUCUUGAUCAUGGCUAAUCAAAUUAAGUGACUUGUCUUUUACUUGUUUGAGUCUAUUGAAAUCGAUUUAUUGUCCUAAAACGGCAGAUCGUUUUGCUUAA